UUUGGCGCCAAACGUCUUGGUCUCCGACGCGUGAGACGCCUGUCUCAGCGUUCUGGUUCCGAAUCAGAAUCCCUGAGGACUAGAAAGCCCCGGCCGGGGGCGGGAUUCGAAUACCUUGAGAACCCGGGGGAGACUGUCGAAUUGAUUAUAUUUCUUCUGUUCACUGUUCAAUAUGAAGGAGGAUCAAGUUGUGCUGGAAGAACCGGGAUUCCAAGAUGAAGACGAAUCUUUGUUUCAAGACAUUGACCUGUUACAAAAACAUGGAAUUAAUGUGGCCGACAUUAAGAAACUGAAGUCAGUAGGCAUCUGUACCAUCAAAGGGAUACAGAUGACAACAAGAAGAGCCCUAUGCAAUGUCAAAGGACUCUCAGAAGCAAAAGUGGACAAGAUUAAAGAAGCAGCCAACAAGCUUAUUGAACCAGGAUUCUUGACUGCAUUUGAAUAUAGUGAGAAGAGGAAGAUGGUUUUCCAUAUCACCACUGGGAGCCAGGAAUUUGAUAAGUUGCUAGGAGGUGGAAUUGAAAGCAUGGCAAUCACAGAAGCUUUUGGAGAAUUUCGAACUGGAAAAACCCAACUCUCUCAUACCCUCUGUGUGACAGCUCAACUUCCAGGAGCAGGUGGCUACUCAGGAGGAAAGAUUAUCUUCAUUGAUACAGAAAAUACUUUCCGUCCAGAUCGCCUUCGGGACAUUGCUGAUCGCUUCAAUGUAGACCAUAAUGCAGUCCUGGACAAUGUACUUUAUGCACGUGCAUAUACUAGUGAACAUCAGAUGGAGCUACUUGAUUAUGUAGCAGCAAAGUUCCAUGAAGAAGCUGGCAUCUUUAAGCUACUGAUCAUUGAUUCAAUAAUGGCACUUUUCCGAGUGGAUUUCAGUGGUCGUGGGGAGUUGGCUGAACGGCAGCAAAAACUGGCCCAGAUGUUGUCACGACUCCAAAAAAUAUCAGAAGAAUAUAAUGUAGCUGUGUUUGUAACCAAUCAAAUGACUGCUGACCCAGGAGCAACUAUGACAUUUGAUCACUCUUUCGGUGAGGUGUAAAUCAAGAAAUUUUUCUGGGAUCCCACAUCACUGCGGAUGGUGAUUGCAGCCGAGAAAUUAAAAGAUGCUUGCUCCUUGGAAAGAAAGUUAUGACCAACCUAGACAGCAUAUUAAAAAGCAGAGACCUUUGCCAACAAACGUCCGUCUAGUCAAGGCUAUGGUUUUUCCAGUGGUCAUGUAUGGAUGUGAGAGUUGGACUAUAAAGAAAGCUGAGCGCCGAAGAAUUGAUGCUUUUGAACUGGGAUGUUGGGGAAGACUCUUGAGAGUCCCUUGGACUGUAAGGAGAUCCAACCAGUCCAUCCUAAAGGAGAUCAGUCCUGGGUGUUCCUUGGAGGGACUGAUGUUGAAGCUGAAACUCCAAUACUUUGGCCACCUGAUGCGAAGAGCUGACUCAUUUGAAAAGACCCUGAAGCUGAGAAAGAUUGAGUGCAGGAGAAGGGGACGAUGAAGGAUGAGAUGGCUGGAUGGCAUCACCGACACAAUGGACGUGGGUUUGGGUGGACUCCAGGAGUUGGUGAUGGACAGGGAGACCUGGCAUGCUGUGCUUCAUGGGGUCGCAAAGAGACAUUACUAAGUGACUGAACUGAACUGUUAACUGAAAGAGUGACUCUUAACGGAAUCAUUUAGUUAAAUAAUAAUAGUCUCCAUUUACUGAGUGUCUUUUGCGUGCCAAGAUCACUGGAAAUGUAAAAUUAAUGCUUUAUAAAUGAUCUGGCACUGUUCCUGGCAUGUAGUAGGCUCCUCAUGAGUUGUCUUGAGUCUUGAAUAUGUCUUGACUCUUCACAACCGCACUAAAAAGUAAGAGGCUUUUUUGGUUUCCAUUUUACAGUUGAAGAAACAGAUUCAUAAAGGUAAAUAAUUAGCCCAAGGUAACAUAGAUAGUGAGUCAGGAUUAGGAAAGCAGAUAAUAAUUUCAGUUACUGGGUUACUGCCUUAUCUAAAUUAUUUCAUUUUAUUCUUACAACUACUGUACCAGUUAUGUACAGUUAUUAUUCUCCAUUUAAAAUCAAGAAACAGACAUUGAGAAUGAAUAACAAGUUUCCUGAGGUCAUAUGGCUAUCUGGUAAGCCAAAAUUUGAACUAACUCUAAAUCUCUUAUGCCACAUAGAUUAUUAAAGCUGUAUAUGCCAGGGGAAAGGUUAGCAUGCUGUCAUUUGAUAAGCUUUGGAAGGAUGUGUCAAUCACCCUGUUGAAUUGACCAGAGUUCAGGGCCCUUACCCUUACAGAGUAUUGAUUUGGUCAUCCACUGAGAACAAAUCCAUUUCUUAGGGGCAGAUUCACAUUAAUCAAACUUAUGAGACUCAGUGAAAGAUCAGAGGGCCAGUUUACUGAUAAAGAAAUAUGUAACUUCAUUUGAGGUUCUUAUGACCAGGGUAUUUAUUCUCUCUUUGUGGGCAGACCUACAGACCUUGGACUCUGUAGGCAGAAUCCAAAUUUUAAUCCAAAAUUAUUUACUAAAUAUGGAAUCCCAGCAAAGGGAAAUAAUUAGAUGAGCUAGAAGAGUGUCUGCCACAUAGUAAGGACUCAAUAAAUCUUGGUUGUUACUGUUAUUGUUAAUACCUGUCCACACCAGAGCAGGAAGGAACUAUGAAUCACCUAAACUUACAUGAAAAUUUUUGUAUGUUGUACAUUUGUGCAUUUUUCUGGGGAAGAGUUUAUAUCUUUUAUUAAAUUAUUAAAGUGUUGGUAACUUACAAGAAAAGUCAAGAGCCAUAAAUUCCCCAUGAAAUUCUACACAGAAACCUGAACACUUUGAUGGAACAAAUAAAAUUUGAAUUGGUUUGAU